ACAUGGCUACCAUACUUGUCAGUGCUCCAACGGGUAGUUUGACUGUUGUUCGUAUUUUCCGACUUUCAUUUGUUAUCAAAUCAAGUGAUGCUACAUAGUGUACUAAUUAAGAAGAUGGAAACAUAAUUGCUGUUACCAUGGAUACCACACCACCCUCCAGCAAAUACAGUGCUUCCGAGUUUUCUGAGUGGCAGUGUUUACCUGAUAACAUCUUGCUUCAUAUCUUUUCCUAUCUUCCAGCCUCAUCAGUUCUGAAGGCAUCUAUCACAUGCAGGUGUUGGUUGAGAGUAAGCUAUGAUGAAUACCUGUGGAGAUCUAUUUUUUACCGUCACUGGCAGAUUGAUAGAUCUGUUCCUAUCGCACCUGGUAGAUCUUCCUGGUUAAAAGAGUACAAACGUUUAUACUAUCACACACCCGUCAUUGAGAGUGAGGUCAUUCGACAGCACAGUGAUCAGGUUCUCCAUGUCAGCUUCUCGCACAAUGGCAAGAUGUUUGCCACAUGUUCAAAGGAUGGUUACAUACGGGUAUGGAAUGCACUGUACCCUGUUACAUUGAAAUACAAGGAGGACAUGAAGAUGCUUACCUGGAAGUACACACAGUUUUCACAAUUUAAUGAAAGUGAUACACUUCUUUUAGUAUCUGGGGUCCAUUUUGGGGCCAACAGUACAUCAGGAGAGAUUGCUGUGUUUAGUCUGAAAGGUGAGUUUGAGCUGCAAGCCCGUGUGAUAAACAAGCCAUAUGAUGUAUUUGGGACGUGGUAUAAUGACCACUACUUGUUGUCUGGGAACCUUCACUGGACUGGACAGUUACAGUCAUGUUCAACACUAUGGCUAAACAAGGCCUCACAGGAAACGGAAUCGGAACAUGAGUCAGUGGUGAUGAGGCUCUACCGUUUUUACAAUGUCAACGCGAGCUCAAUCCGUACUAUAAUGGUAGCAGAUUAUGCAGAGGAAACAGACUACAGCUGUGUUGACAGUGUGGUUGACAAUCACUUGACCAAGUGUACACAAGGAGCUAACAUGCUUGUGGACAGUAAUCUACGAAAUGAUGACAUUGUGGAGGAUUCUGACUUUGGGGAGACCCAAAAUGUACAGGGAGCUUCAGGUGGCACUGCUCGGAAUGUCCAGAGUGUACAGGUUUAUGAAAACGGUGCAUUUCAAAACAGAUUUAUUCAGCUGGAUGAAGAUGAAAAUAAUGAUCGGCGUAAUGGGACAAUUGAAUAUGGUCAGGACUAUCGUCAGGCACAAGACGAGAUUCAGUUUGUCCUGGACUCCGAACAGGCGGAAUGUAGUUCUGACUCAAAACCAAUUUCUAUGGUAACAAGCCAAUCUGGAAACUCAAGUCUCUUUUGUAAUAAUGACAAACUUUCGAGAACCAAUGCAACAUCCAAAAAUAGUUCUAUGCACAGACACUCUGGUACCAUGACAGAAAGCCAACCUGAUGGUUUAGAUAUGUCUAGACUGACCAGUGCUAGGAUAACAACCUGUAUCAGUGAAAGUCGGAUGACAAAUACUUUGCCUAUAGUAACUAGCUGUAUCCAGCAUGAUCGCCAGAAACGUGUUAAAGAUGGUAACAGUGCAGAUUGUUAUGAGGAGAGUCAGGGCUUAGGGGAUAUGUUGUCAGAUGAAGAGGAUGAAGAGGAGUAUUGUGAGGACUUUUGUCACUCCGGAAUGUAUGUGGAUGGGUCAGUGUAUGGCUCUCCCUUACAGACAAAGUACUUAGCCACAAGGGAAGCCACUACUGCCAGAAAUUCGCCAAAGUAUUGUGUUGUAGCAAACAGUGAUAUGGAUAGGCCAGAUCAUAAUCUGAGUGAAAACAAACUCGCAUCUGAGAAAAAGUAUACCACCAUGAGGGAUAAGUAUCUUGUGUUUACAAUGGGUUCAGAGACCUACACACCACACCAGAUUGGUAUUAAACGUAUCAAGUCACUUGCAAAGGUGGAGGGUUCUGACUCCAAAUUGUGUUUACUUCCUAAAACAAAUGAGCAGAUGUCGGAUGACCAACCAAAUGAUAAUGUGGACAAGAUCAUUGACAUGCAUGGUCAUAUCAUUGGCAUGUGCUUCUCUCCAGAUAACAGAUAUCUCUAUGUAAACAAUCGACCAUGGCCAAAGAAUUAUUGUAUAGAGAAUGCUCUGUACCCACCACCAAUAGCCCAGGAGAUAGAUAUCCAUGUCAUUGAUCUACUUAAGAUGAAGGAAGUUGGAACCAUGCACAGAUCUCACAAAGCCUAUACACCAAAUGAUGAAUGCUUCUUCAUCUUCCUAGAUGUUUGUAAAGACUAUGUUGCAAGUGGAGCAGAGGACAGACAUGGUUAUAUAUGGGAUCGCCACUAUGGUGUUUGCCUGGCACGCUUUCCUCACACGGAUGUUGUAAACUCAGUGGCCUUUAAUCCACGUGACACAGAGACACUCAUCACAGUCAGCGAUGAUUGUUCAAUCAAAGUGUGGAGGUCAAGGUCACGUGAACACCAGGUCAAGGUGGACAAUUUACCAAGUCUGUGCACACAGUCCUAGCUCUAACUUGUGUACAAGUGUAUCAUUAUACCCUUCAUUAAUGUAAAGGGGUAUUUAGUUAUCACUGUCUAUACAUCCAUGAGUGCAUGCAUCCGUCGGUUAUAAUCUUGUGUACAAGAUGUCUCAUGAGUCUCAUGGAUAAAUUUACUUCCUAAUUACACUUUAGCAUCUCUUCACCAUGGUCUAUACUAGGAAAGAUUUUGGUCAUCAGUCAUGGUUUAAGUUCAAAGGUUGCUGUUCAACACUUUUGAAAUAAAAAGGCUUUGAUGAAAUACCUGUUGAAGCCCUUAAUAGUUUAAUCCUCUGAUAGAUUUAGAUAUGAAAAGAAAGUUUGAGGGAGUGGGGUCUGAAGCAUUCUUGGGUUAUGAGACCUAAUAGAGAAAUAGACACAAGUAUUUAAAAUAAUUUUCCUUUAGUUUAAGUUAAUCUAUUUGAGUAAAAUAAGCCAGGUGAGUGAGACAAGCCCAACAGGCCUCUUGGUUUUGUUCUUAUACAAUGCUGGUAUAAAGAGGAGGGAUUGAAAGUUUACCCUAUUUAAUUUAUUCCUGUCCGAGUACUGUUUGUAUGAUUAAUGCUGUUGAUCAUAUGACAUUUUUAUACAUUAUUUUAACUUUACUGAAAUCAGUUUAUUUACAGGUCUCCACUUUGCACAGAUCAGUCUUGUUAAAAAAUGUAUGAAGAUUACAUGUGUUGUGUUCGUACAGAAGUCAUGGGACUCUGUAAAAAACGUAUCAAAUUCAGCCUAAAUUAUUCCCAUAUGCAAACAGAGAAGGUGACUUGUAUCUAACACAAGCCUUAUAUAAGCUUUCUUGAUUUGUAAUCAAUGAAAGAAGGAAGAACAAAAUUCUAAAUGCUUUCUGUAUAUUUGUGUAAACCAGUCAGAUUUUCAAGUUUGCCUUAAGUUGACCAGGUUUUUUCCUCCGUUUUGCUAUGUACAUGUUUUUCAUUUACAAAUGUCUUGGUAGAGUUGUCCACGGUUCUUCAAAUUCAACUUUGUUCAUAAAACUGAAAAUUUUGUUACAGCAAAUUUUGAAAAGAUUCAUUAAGUAAAUGAAGUGUAUGUGCCAUUUGCCUGUAAUAAUAAUAAUAAUCGUCUUUAUUUAUUCUUGAUUACAUAUUGAGCAUAGAGCUCAUCUUUCGUAUGGUCAAGACAUAUUAAAAUGUACAAUUUUUACAACCUUAAGAAACAUAUGUAUAAA